AUGUUUUUAAAUCAAUUAUAAAAUCCUCCAUGUCCCGAUCGAUAAAUAGCACACGUACAAAUACAAUUUUCGAGUCUUGUGCAUUAUCAAAAUAUUGGGCUAUAUGGCCCUAAAGACCUACUCAAGUUAACCCAAGCCCAUUGUUAUUUCUCAAAUCUAGCGGGAUCCAAUCUAAUUGGUUGAGAGAGAGUUUGACAUUUCUCAGCUUAACUGUGCAAUGUACCUUUGACUUUCUAAGCCGCCGACGUUGACCAGCUUCUCCAUCUGACUUAUUGUCGCCUUAUUCUUUUGGUUGAAAUUUGGUAGAAUAAAAAAAUAACAUCGACGGUCUUCGCUUUCCUUUUCUCCAAAUAUUCACAUCUCUUUCCUCACCGGAAAAUGUGGUGGCGACAGUGGUCAGCUCCUCCCCUCCUUAUCCUCAUAGUUGCCCUUCUCCUCCCUUCCUUCUCCGCCAUUGAUUUUCUCUACAAUUCCUUCAGCUCAGCAGCAAACAGGAGUGACCUCAUCCUCAUCGAAGAUUCCCGCGUAGACUCCACCGUAAUCCGCCUCAUCAACGAGUCCAAUCAAUACUCCUUAGGCCGAGUUUUCUACCCACAAAAGCUCUCAAUCAUACCCGAUCCAACCCGAAACCCGACCCGACUCUCCUCUUUCUCCACUUCCUUCGUCUUCUCCGUUCUCCCCGAUAUCUCCACCAGCCCUGGCUUCGGACUCUGCUUCGUCCUCUCCAAUUCAACCUCUCCUCCAGACGCAAUCGCCAGCCAAAACUUCGGUCUCUUCCCAAACGUCCCCGUUCGAUUCCCCGCUCCUCUCCUCGCCGUAGAAUUCGACACCGGUCAAAACUCUGAAGUCAACGACAUCGACGGAAACCACAUAGGGAUCGACCUCAACAGCAUCCUAUCCACCAAAUCCGAACCCGCUCGCUACUACGACUCUGUUAAUGGAAGCUUCGUCCCAUUUAACAUGCGUAAUGGACAAAACGUCCGUGCUUGGAUCGAUUUCGACGGACCCAAUUUCGAGAUCAACGUUUCCGUCGCACCCGCCGGUGUCCCUCGACCUCGCCGGCCUACGCUCACCUUCCGUGAUCCGAUUAUCGCGAAUUACGUCUCGGCCGAUAUGUACGUCGGCUUCUCCGCCUCCAAAACGACUUGGGUUGAAGUUCGGAGAAUUCUAGCUUGGAGCUUGAGCGAUACCGGAGCUCCUCGAGAGAUCAACACAACGAAUUUGCCCGUUUUCUUGCUGGAAUCGUCGUCGUCUUCUCUUUCGACUGGAGCAAUCGCCGGGAUUGUUGUCGGUGGUGUGGUCUUCUUGGGUCUAGUUGGAUUUGGAGGUUACUUGAUAUGGAGGAAACUAAUGAGAGAGGAAGAAGAGGAUGAGAUCGAGGAGUGGGAGUUGGAGUUUUGGCCUCACCGCUUCAGCUACGAAGAACUCGCCGACGCUACGGAGGUUUUCUCCUACGAUCGGCUUCUCGGAUCCGGCGGAUUUGGGAAAGUUUACAGAGGAAUUCUGUCGAACAAGAGCGAGGUCGCUGUGAAAUGCGUGAACCAUGAUUCGAAGCAAGGCCUAAGAGAAUUCAUGGCGGAAAUCGAGAGCAUGGGUCGGCUUCAGCACAAGAAUCUAGUUCAAAUGCGAGGAUGGUGUCGCCGGAAAAACGAGCUGAUGCUCGUCUAUGACUACAUGCCAAACGGAAGCCUAAACCAAUGGAUCUUCGACAAACCCAAAGAGCCAAUGACGUGGCGGCGGAGAAGACAGGUGAUCAACGACGUAGCGGAAGGGCUUAACUAUCUCCACCAUGGAUGGGACCAAGUGGUGAUACACCGAGACAUUAAAUCAAGCAACAUCCUUUUGGAUUCCGAGAUGCGUGGGAGGCUAGGCGACUUCGGACUCGCCAAGCUGUACGAGCACGGAGGGGCUCCCAACACGACGCGAGUGGUGGGAACGCUCGGGUAUUUGGCGCCGGAGCUAGCGUCUGCGUCGGCGCCGACGGAGGCGAGCGACGUGUACAGCUUCGGGGUGGUGGUCCUGGAGGUGGUUUGCGGGAGGAGACCGAUAGAGUAUGCGGAGGAGGAGGAUAUGGUGCUUGUGGAUUGGGUUAGGGAUUUGUACGGCGGAGGAAGAGUGGUUGAUGCGGCGGACGAGAGGGUGAGGGGAGAGUGUGGUGCGGCGGAUGAAGUUGAAUUGUUGCUAAAGUUAGGGCUGGCUUGUUGUCACCCUGAUCCAGCUAAGAGACCGACUAUGAGAGAGAUUGUCUCGCUAUUGAUUGGCUCGCCACCGGAGGAUUUGUUGAAUGGACUUACGCCGGCCGCCGCGGACUCUGCCUCAGCACAGUAGCACACGCCCGUUUAGCUUUUGCUGUUUUUGUUUUCUGUUUUGAGGAAGAGUACUAAAAAGUUGAAGAUUGACCUACAAAGUUAAUGAAACUCCAAAGUUUAUUACAUGUUUUGAUUCAUGGGCCUUUGGGCCGUUAAUAUUAUUCGAAAGCCUAUUUA